UUCAAUCGUGUUAAACCCUAUUUCUUUCUUUCUCUUUCACCGUCGUCCUCUUCUAUCACCUUCUUCUUUACGUCUCUCCAUUUUCUGCCCUAAUUUUGAAAUUGCAGGAGAUAUGGUCAUGGCUGGCACAUUGCUACCACCAUUAUCGCUCCACUGCUAGAGUUUUAUAUUUAUUUUUGAUUCGUGUUUGUUCUCUCUUUUAGAGGUAAUUGCAGAAUGGUGGAUCUGUGUUUGAUGCUUGUUACUUUGUAGAUUUGGAUUUAUUUUGAUUACUAAUUGUUUUCGCGAGAAAUCUGGUGCUACCAGACUUAGUCAUGUAUCAUUUCUUUUAUGAAUGGUUUGAUACAGUUACGAGUCUGGAAAAUUGACUGAGACCAUCGUUACAGAUGUGUGAAAAUUUCUUGCUCACAUCUGUUCCAUUUGGUCUCUACAUGAUAGCUUUGGUUAAAUCGACACCAAAUUGUAAGCUUAUAAGAUUUCUCUAGAAAAUGAGUGUUGAAAGUUUUCAAUGUAAUGAGAUAUGUAGCCUGGGAUCUAAAAAUAUUACUUGUUUUCUAAAAAGAAUUCAGGAAUUACCUAUCCUUCUUGGAUUUAUCGUACUCUUUCAAUUGAGAUGAUUGUUCUAUUUCCUAUUGUCCAAAUCAACCAGAUUUUGGCGGAAUGUGGUCUUCAAAUCCAAAAGGCUUUGCACGUUGAGUGAUAAGCAUGAUUUUUGAAGUGUUCUUACCCCGACAAGGUACAGUUGAUGGGAGGCUUGAGAAGAGAGUGUGGGCGUUGAAAUCAAAUUGGAGCUAGUGAACAAUAGGGUAAUCUGCAACUGUAUUUUGUAUUACUUUUGCUGGCUUCAAAAUCAAGGGUUGCCAUGUUUUGUCCCUAGACUCUUUUGUGUUCAGAUUCGAGACAGAUUCGAGACCGAAGAUCAUGUUGUGAUGUAAUUAUUUGAAAUUUCAAUUCUAUGUUAACCAUAAACUGAUUGAUCGAAGAAUUUGAACUUUUAAAUAUACUAAAUUGUUUGAAAAAUGUAUGGUCAUUAGAUUAUAUAAAUUGUCGAAUUCAGAUUCUUAACUACUAACAUUAAAUAAAUUUGAGUAAAUCCACUCGUUCGUCUGAAAUUUUGGAGGGUACAUUAUGUUGAACAAGUUGACGAAAUGAAAAUCCGGUUGUGGUGGUAGAACACCUUACAUUCAGGGUCCAAAACUGUUCUUAUUUUUGCUCAAUUGACUCUGUCUCUUCGGAUCUUUCCCCCUCCAUGCCUACUUAAACGCUUCGAAAUCCCUUCCAUUUCACAACCUAAAAUCAAUCUCAAUGGUAAUGGCAAUGGCAAAAUCUGUACUACCCCUUCUCUUCACUUUCUUUUGCCUUUUCAUUGCUUUAACAGCUGCAGACUGGAACAUUAUCAACCGAAGGACCAAUAAUGGGCUCAAAAUCAGCCUAAAGAACUACUGCGAAAGCUGGAGAUUGAACGUCGAGCUCCACAAUGUCCGAUACUUCAAGCUUGUUCCUGAAGAAUGCGUUGGUUACAUUGGCAACUACGUUACCUCCACUCAGUACAAAGUUGAUUCCGAGAGGACGAUUGAAGAAUGUAUCGUGUACCUUACCAAGGGCUGCUCCCUUAAGGGCGACGGCACUGAUGCUUGGAUCUUUGAUAUCGAUGAUACCCUCAUCUCUACCGUGCCCUAUUACAAGAAAGCUCAAUACGGGGGGAAGAAAUUGAAUAUCACAGAUUUGGAAGCAUGGAUGAGCGAGGCCAAAGCACCAGUUUUGGGGCACACAUUGAGGUUUUUCAAUCUAUUGAAAGCAAAAGGAGUGGAUAUCAUUUUGAUUUCUGCUAGAAGGGAAGCUCUGAGAUCAGCCACCAUUGAGAACCUCGUUCAAAAGGGGUACCAUGGAUGGUCCGAUCUGUUCUUUAGGAGCGAUGAAGAGAAGGACGUGGAGAAAUAUAAGUCAGAUGUGAGAAGGAGAUUGGUGAAAGGAGGGUAUUGCAUUUGGGGGAUAUUGGGAGAUCAAUACAGCAGCCUUGAGGGAACUCCAAGUGGAAGAAGAACGUUCAAGCUUCCAAAUCCAAUGUAUUAUGUAGCUUGAGCAUUGGAAUUUCGACCUGGUUUUGGAUUUCAAACUAUUUUCUUUUGUUCUUCUUGACUCUCCAUGAACGAUCGUCGGCUAGAGGAUUGUAUUUUGAGCUGGAGAGACAGAGAGAGACAUCAUAGAGAGAUGUAAUGUUUUGAUUAUUGAUGAAUAAGUUGUAGUUUAUUUUGGUA